AUGGACUAUGAGGGGCUCUGCUGCCGCUCCGGGCCCGAUGCGAAAGGGAAAAGAAAAGUCGUUCGGAGGUGCGGGCUCGGUGCUGUGCGGCUGCCGUCGGGGCUGGGAGAUGCUCCGAGCAGCGCGGCGUUAAGUCGCUCUCGGCCGGGCAGCUUUGCGCUUGGCCGCACUUUGAGGGGCGGGUGCCGUUCCGGGGAGAACGAGCUGAAGCAAAAAGGCAAAGCGCGGUUCAGCAGAAACAGUAAAAUCAACAAAAGAACUUCCCAAACGCGAGACGCCAGGAAGGAGCCGGCUCUGUCCGAGCUGCUCUGCCCCGUCCCGCAGCCCCGCAGUCCCGCAGCCCCGCGGCCCCGCGCCCUACCGGAGCAGCCCCGGCGGGACGCGGAGAGAGGCUCCCUCCGAAAGUCGGGGGCCGCUUUCGGCCCGACUCAUUCAUUAAUUCCCCUUCCCUCCCCGAUUCAUUCAUGUCUGCAGUCAUUCAUUGCCAAGUGCGCGGAGCCAUCGGCCCCUCGCUCGGACGACCUGGAGCAGUUCGCCAAGCAGUUCAAGCAGCGGCGGAUAAAGCUGGGAUUUACCCAAGCGGACGUGGGGCUGGCGCUGGGCACGCUGUACGGCAACGUCUUCUCGCAGACCACCAUCUGCCGCUUCGAGGCCCUGCAGCUCAGCUUCAAGAACAUGUGCAAGCUGAAGCCUUUGUUGAACAAGUGGUUGGAGGAGGCGGACUCCUCCUCGGGCAGCCCCACCAGCAUAGACAAGAUCGCGGCGCAGGGCCGCAAGCGGAAAAAGCGCACCUCCAUCGAGGUGAGCGUCAAGGGCGCGCUGGAGAGCCACUUCCUCAAGUGCCCCAAGCCCUCGGCGCAGGAGAUCACCUCGCUGGCGGACAGCCUUCAGCUGGAGAAGGAGGUGGUGAGAGUGUGGUUUUGUAACAGGAGACAGAAGGAGAAGCGCAUGACGCCGCCCGGGGGGACGCUGCCGGGCGCCGAGGACGUGUACGGGCCCAGCAGGGACACGCCGCCGCACCACGGGGUGCAGACCCCCGUG